AUGUAAGGAAACAAUGCAACUGAAAAAAAAGUAAUAGAGUUAAUUGAAGUAUCGCUGAACCAAGAUCAAAUCCGAUCAAUAUUAAAAUAAUAAUAAAAAGAAUUUCGAUAAUAUAGUGUUGAGAAAAGAAAGUCUCUCAUAUUGGCAGAAGAAUUGAAGAUAUUAAAAAAGACAGAAUGCUUAAAUCUGAUGGAACAAAAAGCCAACAAAGCUCUGGAGUAUUUCUAGCCUGAAUUCCCUAUUCUUAAGUUUCCUGAAGACACUGUGUUAAAUACGUAUGAUAAAACUAAAAGAUGGUUGAAAGAAUUCGAUUUCCCUAAUAAAAAAUAAUAUUGGCAAGAGUUUAAAAAGAGAAACUUUAAACAUUAUCCAGGAUAGCCUUUUAGUUAUGCACCAGGAGUUCCUACCUAUUUUGAGGAAUUCAAAGCAUACCAUCACAUAGAACAUGAAGAAUCUUAAGUUGAAAAAUAUCAACGACUCUAAUAGUACAAUAUUUUAUAUCAUCCAGGAAAAAAGUAUUAUAUGUUUAACCAACAAAAGUAGUUGGAGGUGAAUUUAGUAGACCUAUUUUCGAUAGGACUCAUGUCCAUGUAGAAUUAAAUCCUAUUCAUUAAGUCUAAUAUCUACCUAAUCCUGUUUCUGCAGGAUUCAACUGACUAUAGAUAAAUGAGUAGAGAAUCAAUUAAAUCAAAAUUGAAUGGCAUGCAAAGAGUUAAGCCAUUUACUUCAUGUAGUACGAGAAGUUAGAUAUUUUAAUAAAAAUACAAACCGUUGAAUGCUGAAAAGACAUAAGAGACCGCAAAAUCUUCGAAAAAACCUAAUGAUGAUGAUUUUGAUAUUUGA